AUGCUGACUCGAGCACAGGCUCAUAUCUUGGAUCCCCAUCUGACGACCAUGAAGAAGAUUACCAUGAAACCCUUGGUGUCCAUAGGUGAGUCUUAUUCUAGAGCCAUGCAGGCUAUGGUGACAAUGCGCAGAUUGCUUCUCUCAUUAACAAGUGGGAGGCACAUCAAGAUAAGGAGCCUAGUCAAGACAUGCACAAGAAAGGACCACAUCAUGAAGCUGAAUCCAACGAGAAAGAAUUGGGUCAUGAAACAUAGUUGGGUGAGAAGUUGCAGGGAAAAGGUGACGUCGCCUCAGUAG